AUGAGCAUGGACAAAUAUCGAGGUGAAACUUCUCGCCAAUCUCCUGAUCAUGAAGAUAUUUCUUUGGCUCAAAUAAAUGAUAGUCUUGCCAACUUGGACAAAAUAGAAGAUGAAGUUGGAUAUGCGACUCAGGAUGACAAAGUAAAACUUGAAAGUUUAUAUAAGGAUGCUAUUAAACAGGCCAACCGUGAAGAAGAAAUGGAUAAAAAGAUCUCAAAAGACAUCGAUAAGUAUUUGGAGUCCACAAAAGAAUCCCGAACAUCAUCGGAUGGCUUAAAUAUGGAAGAAAAUCUCUAUAAAAAAAGAAGAAGUCAAGAAAUCACUUCAGGUAGCAAUAAGGCAAAAAAAUCAAAAGUAUCGCAAAUGAAAAGUAACGUUAUUAUUAAAAAUGGAACAUCAGUUGCGGCAAAACAACCGAGAGAUAAAGACAUAGAAGAAAAUUGGAUUUUGGCCACAAUUGUAGGAUAUCGAGCUGAAUUAAAGAGCUACGAAGUCGAGGAUGCAGAUAAAGAUGAGGCAUCAAAUAGGCCUGGCGAACGAUUUUUAGUACCAGCAAAAAAUGUUAUAGCAAUUCCAAAUCCUGGAGAAAUGCGAUCACCGGAAUUUCCUAAAGAUUCGACAGUCAUAGCAUUAUAUCCUUCUACAACAUGUUUUUAUAGAGCUGUUGUAGUUAUUCCACCAA